AUGGCGGCGACCACGGGGGGCGCCUCGCACCCGCUGGAUGGACGUGGUGACCAGAGAUCUCCGCAUCAUCAACAUCACACCCCAGCAGGCGCAGCCAGCAGCAUUGAACAGAGGGCGGUGGAGAACUCUAGUGCACGCAUGGGAGUUUGCGUUUUAUUUUACCAUACACCUCCACAGGUCGCCUCUAUUGAAGAUUUCUGCAGCCUGUGUGUGAAUCAACUGACUGAGAUCAUCAGCCAUGAUGAGCUGAAUGUUAAAGAGGAGACGACAGUGUGGGAGGCUGUGGUAAGAUGGGUGCAGCACAGCAGGGAGGACAGACUGCAGCACCUACCCAGCAUCCUCUCUCACAUCCGCUUCAACCUACUGACCUCAGACGACACGACAGCCAUCUUGGAACACACGCUGGUUAGGGAGGACCCAAGAUGUUCUGAGGUCAUUAGGGAUGUGGUACAGAAAGGGAACACUGACCUGAGACCGAGGCAUGGGAUGUUCACGGAGAUGAUGCUGAUGUUCGAUUUUAUGCGUUGCAAGGAGAUCUUCUUCAUGAACCCUCGGGAAGGGAAGUACAUCAACUGCUCUUACAAGCCUGAAGACCUUUCUUGUAUCACAGACAUUGUAGUGACCAGUGAUAACAAUAUCUACAUCCUGCAAUUGAAAAUGGAGGCUGGGAAUCAGCUAUCCCUGUUUAAGUACAACCAUGCAAAGAAUGCGUGGGAACAAGCAGGUGUGUCAUCGGUAACUGGGGAACCUGUCUACGACCAGGCGUUUGGUGCAACAUCCCUUAUUGCACUUGGUGGGAUUUUAUAUUUCAUUCGGGUUGAUCCUGUUGAUUAUGAAGAACAUAGACGAUUGCAGAUGAGAAAGUACGACCCGCACUCAAACCAAUGGCAGGAGUGUUCACAGUUGGGACUUGGCGAAACUAUAGACGACAUUGGAACAUUUUCCUGCGGUCCAAACCUGUAUUACCUGUCACACACAACACUGCAUUGCUACGACCCCAGCAUGGACAUGUGGUACAAGCGAACCCCGCCUAUGACUAUAACAUAUCUUGAAAUCCAUGCAGCUGUUGCCAUAGGAACAGAGAUAUUCUGUACAGAUUUUGAAUUCACUCAGACUAUGGUGUACGACACAGAGUCAGACUGCUGGCAGAUACGACAAGGCUGGCCGAACCCAGGAAACUUCUCUGUUGAAGGUUGUCAAAAUCUUUUUGUACUGGAGAACCAGUUGCACAUCUUGUUAACCUGUCUAAGGGACUCUCAUACAGGCAACAUAUAUCAGGAAGACUACAUAUAUCUAGUGUAUGUGUAUGACAGGUCUGCUGAUGCCUGGAGAGAGUUGAAAGCCAAUCUGCCUUACAAGAAGUAUCAUACAUACUAUUCUUGUUCUCCUGUGGCACGUAUAUACCUACCAUAUCUAAAGGGGACAUAAAAACAAUUCUCAUGCUGUUCAAUGGUGAUAAAGUUAGUCAUGACAGUAAUAGAAUAACUUCAGUUAGACUACAGGGCAAAACUUAUAAACGACAUUUUGAUAGGUAUCAGGUUUACCGAAUGCUCAACUGUGGGAAACAUAUAACAUCGUUUAUACUUUAGUAUUAGGUUUACAACUUGAAAUUUUUUUUCUUAUAGGUUGGAGCAUCUUUGUAAAGACAACUAAAGAUCUGUGGCCUUCAUGAUUUACAGCAUUAGUUACAAGAUACCAUUAUCCUUAGUGCUUUCCAAUGUAGUAUCCUGGGGCAUUCGUAGUAUCAUUUGUUGAGGUGGUGUUGGCUGGUACAUAUAUGGGAGCCCUUGUAAUAUAACUUGGAUGGCACACAGGCAAAGACAAUUUAAUGUGUAUGUUGCGUACCUUAUUUUGUGUGGUGUGAUUAACAUUCUAUUUUUUGCUCACCUUACAGAUUGGUCUUGUCACCUCGUUUGUCUGUUGUCACUCCGAUAUAAACUCAUAAACUCAUAAUGCUGUACUAUGUAAUUUAGUGACCGUUUUGUCGAAAAGAUCGGCGAUUCUACUAGUACAGAUUGCGAUCGGAGUUGAUCUUAGGAGAGAU